GAAAAGUAUGCUCCUUUAUUUUUCAUGGUUUCAUACUUACAAAACCAGCUCUUGCUUCUCAAAUCCCCAUUGAAAACAUUUUUGUCUUUAAACUCUCAACGACAAAAAAACAAAAAUAAAAACGUCAAAUUUCUUUUUUUGGCUGGACAUAAAAACGCAAACUUUAUGCUUAAACUACUAAAAAUUUAUUGAAUAUCAAAACAAAGUUUCGAUAUUUCUCUCUCUCUCUCUGUUUCGAUUAUGAAACCAAUCUAUCAAUUUUUCAUCUUUUGGUUCUUCUUACGUUUCUCUGUAAUCUCCGCUGAUAACAAAAAAAAUCUGAUCUUCAAAGGUUGCGCAAAUCAGAAGUUCCCAGACCCAACCGGUGUUUUCUCUCAGAAUCUCAAAACUUUGUUCACUUCCUUAGUUUCUCAAUCCGCUCAGAGAUCUUUCGCGUCCACAACCGCCGGAACUGAUAACACAACCGCCGUAACAGGCGUUUUCCAGUGCCGCGGCGAUCUCCAAACCGCUGAAUGCUACGACUGCGUGGCCGGAAUCCCCAAACUCGUCUCUAAGCUCUGCGGCGGAGACGGAGACGGCGGAAAUGUUGUGGUGGCGGCGCGUGUGCAGCUCUCUGGAUGUUAUGUCCGGUACGAAGUGUCGGGAUUCCGGCAGACUUCCGGUGAUGAGAUGCUGUACCGUGUCUGCGGGAAAAAACACUCCGGCGAUCCUGGUUUCUCCGGGAAGAGGGAUACGGCGUUUGAGAUGGCGGAGAACGGCGUGAAAACCGGAGGAAACGUCAGCAUCGGCGGCGGCGGCGGCGGAGGAUUUUACGCGGGACAGUAUGAGUCGGUUUAUGUGUUGGGCCAGUGCGAGGGUAGUUUGGGAAAUUCAGAUUGUGGUGAAUGUGUGAAAGAUGGAUUUGAGAAAGCAAAGAGUGAGUGUGGAGAUUCCAUCUCUGGACAGAUUUAUCUUCAUAAGUGCUUUGUUAGCUACAAUUACUACUCUCAUGGCGUUCCCAACAUUUCUUCAGAUUCAGAUGGAGAGAAGAGACAACACACAGAAAGAACAAUAGCUUUGGUGGUGGGAGGAGUUGCAGUUUUAGGUUUUGUGAUUGUUUGUUUGUUGGUUUUGAAAUCUGCGAUGAAAAAGAAGAGUAAAUAUGAUGCUUACUGAUUUUACCAACCAAUUCUCAUUUUACCCAACAAAAGAAAGAAAGAAAAGAAAUCAACAGUUUUGAGAAGAUACAAAAAGCACACCCACAUUUAUAAAAAUUAAAAUAUAGCAUCAAAAAUGGGUAUUUGGAGCAAUAUUCAACAAGAAGUUAAAGGCUUAAAGCAGCUUUACUGAAGCAAUACAAGUGUAUGUGGCUCCUCAGUUUCUUUAUAUAUCCAAUUUUCGGUCGUUUUCGGUAAGAAAGAGUGAAGCUUUAUUGGUAGCUUAAAGUAAUUCACUUUGGAAGCUUGGAGUUAGUGAGAUUUACAGUAUCCAACUACUGUAUACAUUUCACUACAUUUUAUUUUUGGAUUUUUUUGCUACUUAUCCAUUUAAAGUAAGUGUAAUAACUAUUCAACUAUAUCUCCACCUAUACAUUUCUUUACCUAUACAUUUCUUUGCAUCUCUUUUUUUUUUUUUUUUUUUUUUUUGCUAUUUG